AAGGCACCCUACAACAUGCGUUUUUACGCCGUCUCCCACUCUCCCGCUGUCGUCCCCUCCCACCGCCGGCUGCGCCCGCUGCCAGCCCGUAGCCUUCCGGCGAUCCCCGGGUCGCCGGUUCGGACAAAUUUCCUGCUUGCGGAGAGAAAGAUUUCUCUCGGCGUUGCUCGGAACCCCGUCCGAUCCGGCCGGAGACCGAUCUCCGCCAUGGCUUCCGAAGCGAUCUCCUCCACCGCGGCGGCGAAGGGGAAGAAGGAGCUUCUGGUAUUCGAGAGCGAGGAAGAGCUCUCCGUCUCUCUGGCGAAGUACACGGCGGAGCUGUCGGAGAAGUUCGCCCAGGAGAGGGGGGCCUUCACCGUCGUCCUCUCCGGCGGGUCUCUCAUCAAAUCCCUCAGGAAAUUGGUUGAGCCUCCGUAUCUGGAGUCGGUGGAUUGGACAAAGUGGCAUGUCUUCUGGGUGGAUGAGAGGGUGGUUCCGAAGGACCAUGCUGAUAGCAACUAUAAACUAGCUUACGAUGGGUUUCUUUCUAAGGUCCCAAUUCCACCAGGUCAGGUUUAUGCUAUCAAUGACUCCUUAUCAGCUGAGGGUGCUGCUGACGACUACGAGAUCUGUCUGAAGCAACUGGUUAAGACGGGGGUGGUUGCAGCAUCCUCAGCAACUGGGUUUGCGAAAUUUGAUCUCAUGUUGUUGGGGAUGGGCCCUGAUGGUCAUGUAGCUUCUCUUUUUCCUGAGCACCCUCUCCUUAAUGAGAACCAGCGAUGGGUUACCUUCAUAAAGGACUCCCCAAAGCCACCGCCGGAGAGAAUAACCUUCACUUUCCCAGUAAUUAACUCAUCGGCAUAUGUUGCACUUGUGGUCACUGGAGCUGGGAAAGCUAGUGCAGUACAUAAGGCUCUAGGGAGUGGGCAAAGUUUAUCGGAUAUGCUGCCCGUCGAGAUGGUUUCACUUAAGGAUGGUAAAUUCUCUUGGUUUACAGACAAGGCUGCCGUUUCAUUGUUGCAGGAUAGAGCAAGUCUAUGAUUAUGUAAGUCGAAGAUAGGCUCUAUGAUAAUGGUUUCACUCAAUAAAAUUUCUGCAGGGUUUGUGCUAUUCAAAUGCUUUGGAGCAUGCCUUGGCAUAGUUAGGACUCUGGUUCAUGUAUGGAGAAUAAAAAUGUUUAACUUGCUGUCUUUUUUUUUUUCCAAUGAUGUUUAUUUGACAUUAAGAGUAUCCACAAUUUGCAAGUGUAGCUA